UUGAACGUUCGGGCGGUAAAUACUCCCGGGGGCUGUCAGAGGAGACUCCGCGGAGAGCUCUGCCUCUGGGUUGGCGGGCGGGCAGGUUGUAGCCGAGCGCGAGCAGGACUCGUCCCGGCAGGGUUCCAGAGCCAUGGGAGCGGAAAGGAGGCUGCUGUCGAUUAAGGAGGCCUUUCGGCUGGCGCAGCAGCCGCACCAGAACCAGGCGAAGCUGGUGGUGGCGCUGAGCCGCACCUACCGCACGGUAAGCGCGCCCGGCCCCGGCCGCCGCCUCUCGCCCGCCCCGGCCCACCCUCCCUCAGGGGCCCUCGGGCUCUGCGCACCGUGACUCCAGCCUUGUUCAGCUUCGCGACUCACUUCAUAGGGACCUGAGAUUCGGAGAAGCCAGGGACUUACCCGAUGUCGCCUGGGCCCAGGCCAGAAAGACUCCAAAGCCUGGGCGUCGUUCACACAGGCCCCGCCUUGGCUUUUCUGAGCCGACACCCCCAGCCUCUGGGCGGCGUGGACCGUUAUUCCUUAGUCUGAUCGUGAACGCGGAGAGAAACAUUUACGAACACCGGGGCGAUCAGACAUCAAAUAUUGAACCGCAGAGUGGUUCCUGCUUGCGGGGGUUCAGUGGUCGUUGCCUCUGGGGUCAUCGCUCCCUGCCGACCGUCAAAUGAUUCUACCCUCGUCCCACGAUGGAUGAUAAAACAGUUUUUCAUGAGGAGUUCAUUCAUUACCUUAAAUAUGUUAUGGUGGUCUAUAAACGUGAACCAGCUGUGGAGAGGGUAAUAGAAUUUGCAGCAAAGUUUGUUACCUCAUUUCACCAAUCAGAUAUGGAAGUUGAUGAGGAAGAGGAAGAUGGUGGCCUUUUAAAUUAUUUGUUUACUUUUCUCUUAAAGUCUCAUGAAGCAAACAGCAAUGCAGUGAGAUUUAGAGUGUGCCAGCUCAUAAACAAGCUUUUGGGAAGUAUGCCAGAAAAUGCUCAGAUUGAUGAUGAUGUGUUUGAUAAAAUUAAUAAAGCCAUGCUUAUUAGAUUGAAAGAUAAGAUUCCAAAUGUGAGAAUACAGGCAGUUCUGGCGCUUUCACGACUUCAGGAUCCCAAGGAUGAUGAAUGCCCAGUGGUUAAUGCAUAUGCUACUUUGAUUGAAAAUGAUUCAAAUCCAGAAGUUAGACGGGCAGUGUUAUCAUGUAUUGCACCAUCAGCAAAGACUUUGCCAAAAAUUGUAGGGCGCACCAAGGAUGUGAAAGAGGCUGUCAGAAAGCUGGCUUAUCAGGUUUUAGCUGAAAAGGUUCAUAUGAGAGCUAUGUCCAUUGCUCAGAGAGUAAUGCUCCUUCAACAAGGUCUUAAUGACAGAUCAGAUGCUGUGAAACAAGCUAUGCAGAAGCAUCUUCUUCAAGGCUGGUUACGGUUCUCUGAAGGAAAUAUCUUAGAGUUGCUUCAUCGGUUGGAUGUAGAAAAUUCUUCUGAAGUGGCAGUCUCUGUUCUCAAUGCCUUGUUUUCAAUAACUCCUCUCAGUGAACUGGUGGGACUCUGUAAAAACAAUGAUGGCAGGAAAUUGAUUCCAGUGGAAACAUUAACUCCUGAAAUUGCUUUGUAUUGGUGUGCCCUUUGUGAAUAUUUGAAAUCAAAAGGAGAUGAAGGUGAAGAAUUUUUAGAGCAGAUUUUGCCAGAGCCUGUAGUAUAUGCAGACUAUUUACUGAGGUUCUACUUUAUUAAUUCUGCUUGUUUUAGUUACAUCCAGAGCAUUCCAGUUGUUAAUGAAGAACACAGAGGUGAUUUUUCCUAUAUUGGAAAUUUGAUGACAAAAGAAUUCAUAGGUCAACAAUUGAUUCUAAUUAUUAAGUCUUUGGAUACCAGUGAAGAAGGAGGAAGAAAAAAACUGCUGGCUGUUUUACAGGAGAUUCUUAUUUUACCCACAAUCCCAAUAUCCCUGGUUUCUUUUCUUGUUGAAAGACUACUCCACAUCAUUAUAGAUGAUAAUAAGAGAACACAAAUUGUUACAGAAAUUAUCUCAGAGAUUCGGGCGCCCAUUGUUACUGUUGGUGUUAAUAAUGAUCCAGCUGAUGUAAGAAAGAAAGAACUCAAGAUGGCUGAAAUAAAAGUUAAGCUUAUCGAAGCCAAAGAAGCUUUGGAAAAUUGCAUCACCUUACAGGAUUUUAAUCGGGCAUCAGAAUUAAAAGAAGAAAUAAAAGCAUUAGAAGAUGCCAGAAUAAACCUUUUGAAAGAGACAGAGCAACUUGAAAUUAAAGAAGUCCACGUAGAGAAGAAUGAUGCUGAAACAUUGCAGAAAUGUCUUAUUUUAUGCUAUGAGCUGUUGAAGCAGAUGUCCAUUUCAACAGGCUUAAGUGCAACCAUGAAUGGAAUCAUCGAAUCUUUGAUUCUUCCUGGAAUAAUAAGUAUUCAUCCUGUUUUAAGAAAUCUGGCCGUUUUAUGCUUGGGAUGCUGUGGACUACAGAAUCAGGAUUUUGCAAGUAAACACUUCGUGUUAUUAUUGCAGGUUUUGCAAAUUGAUGAUGUCACAAUAAAAAUAAGUGCUUUAAAGGCAAUCUUUGACCAACUGAUGACGUUUGGGAUUGAACCAUUUAAAACUAAAAAAAUCAAAACACUUCAUUGUGAAGGUACAGAAAUAAACAGUGAUGAGGAAGAAUCAAAAGAAAUUGAAGAGACUGCUACAGCUAAGAAUGUUCUGAAACUCCUUUCUGAUUUCUUAGAUAGUGAGGUAUCUGAACUUAGGACUGGAGCUGCAGAAGGACUAGCCAAGCUGAUGUUCUCUGGGCUUUUGGUCAGCAGCAGGAUUCUUUCUCGUCUUAUUUUGUUAUGGUACAAUCCUGUGACUGAAGAGGAUGUUCGACUUCGACAUUGCCUAGGCGUGUUCUUCCCCAUGUUUGCUUAUGCAAGCAGGACUAAUCAGGAAUGCUUUGAAGAAGCUUUUCUUCCAACCCUGCAAACACUGGCCAAUGCCCCUGCAUCUUCUCCUUUAGCUGAAAUUGAUAUCACAAAUGUUGCUGAGUUACUUGUAGAUUUGACAAGACCAAGUGGAUUAAAUCCUCAGGCCAAGACUUCCCAAGAUUAUCAGGCCUUAACAGUACAUGACAAUUUGGCUAUGAAAAUUUGCAAUGAGAUCUUAACAAGUCCGUGCUCGCCAGAGAUUCGAGUCUAUACGAAAGCCUUGAGUUCUUUAGAACUCAGUAGCCAUCUUGCAAAAGACCUUCUGGUUCUAUUGAAUGAGAUUCUGGAGCAAGUAAAAGAUAGGACAUGUCUGAGAGCUUUGGAGAAAAUCAAGAUUCAGUUAGAAAAAGGAAAUAAAGAAUUUGGUGACCAAGCUGAAGCAGCACAGGAUGCCAGCUUGACUACAACUACUUUUCAAAAUGAAGAUGAAAAGAAUAAAGAAGUAUAUAUGACUCCACUCAGGGGUGUAAAAGCAACCCAAGCAUCAAAAUCUACUCAGCUAAAGACUAACAGAGGACAGAGAAAAGUGACAGUUUCAGCUAGGACGAACAGGAGGCGUCAGACUGCUGAGGCCGACUCUGAAAGUGAUCAUGAAGUUCCAGAACCAGAAUCAGAAAUGAAGAUGAGACUACCAAGACGAGCCAAAACCGCAGCACUAGAAAAAAGUAAACUUAACCUUGCACAAUUUCUCAAUGAAGAUCUAAGUUAGGAAAGACGAUGGAGGUGGAAUCCUUUAAGAUUAUGUCCAGUUAUUUGCUUUAAUAAAGUUACUCUUGUCAAAAUCAGAACAAA